CAAAUUUAUCGCCGCCUGCCUCUGUCAAAUUGAUGAUCGUCCUGUCGAUAGUCGACUAUAUUGAUAUCUCUACUAAUUCUCUAGUGUUCUAUCGAGCAGACACGACUCGAAAUAGAGCGGACCACAAACACCCUGCUUGGCCCUGUCCUCUUCACCGUGAGUCAUGGAGGACAUCGCGGUUGGAAUCAUUGGUAUGGGCGACAUGGGCCGUAUGUACGCAAGAAGGUUUAGUCAAGCUGGAUGGAGAGUCAACGCUUGCGAUCGACCAGACAAAUUCCAAACUCUACACCACGAGUACGAGAAUGAGAGAGGAAUAAAUAUCUUGCCUAAUGGUCAUCUUGUUUCCCGAGCAAGCGACUGGAUCAUAUACAGUGUGGAGGCCGAGCUCAUUGACAAGAUUGUUGCUGAAUAUGGCCCGUCCACCAAAGUCGGCGCCAUCGUCGGCGGGCAGACCUCCUGCAAAGCCCCCGAGCUGGCUGCCUUUGACAAGUAUCUGCCCGCCGACGUCGAGAUUGUUUCUUGCCAUUCCCUGCAUGGCCCCGCUGUAGACCCAACAGGCCAGCCCCUUGUCGUCAUCCAACACCGAGCUUCUCAGAAAAGUGUUGAUCUCUGUGUCCGAAUCCUCUCUUGCUUGAAUUCAAAAUUUGUCUUCCUGUCUGGCGAAAAGCAUGACCGUAUUACAGCGGACACGCAGGCUGUCACGCAUGCAGCUUUUUUGAGCAUGGGAACUGCUUGGGCAGCGAACAAGCAGUUUCCGUGGGAAAUCAAUCGGUACAUCGGUGGCAUUGAGAACGUCAAGAUCAACAUCACACUGCGUAUAUAUGCCAACAAGUGGCAUGUCUAUGCCGGACUCGCCAUUCUCAACCCUGCGGCCAAAGAGCAAAUUCGACAGUAUGCCGAGUCAGUGACUGAACUUUUCAAGCUCAUGCUGGGUGGCCAUCGAGAAGAGCUGGCCCACCGGAUCAAGACGGCUGGUGCGGCAGUCUUUUCCAAGGAUGCUGUUGACCAGGAUCUGUUACUUGGGGACGAUGUGCUGGACAAGUUCUCGCUCUCGAGAAGACCGAAAGAGAGAAUGCCGAACAACCAUCUGAGUCUGUUGGGCAUUGUCGAUUGUUGGUGGAAGCUCGGCAUCGUCCCAUACGACCAUAUGAUUUGUUCCACACCUCUCUUCCGAAUAUGGCUGGGCGUCACUGAGUAUCUCUUUCGCAACGAGACUUUAUUGGAUGAGGUCAUUAACACGGCAAUCGAAGAUAACACUUUUCGUUCAGACGAUCUGGAGUUCACUUUCGCGGCAAGAGCAUGGUCUGAAUGCGUUUCGUUCGGCGCAUUCGAAGCAUAUCGGAGCCGAUUUGAGAGAAUCCAGCAGUACUUUGCCCCGAGAUUUCCGGACGCUGUGAGACUCGGGAAUGAAAUGAUCAAAGAGAUCAUGGUCAAGACGAAGAACUGACUCGUGGGUGGAUGGGCGGGCGGCGAAUGAGAGAGUGGUGUGGGGAUUUUCGAGGCAGUCAGGAUCACAGAACUCAUCCGUGGUCGAUCCAGUGCAACUCCUGCAACACAAGGCCAACAAUGACGCCAAUAGUCAAGCCGCAUUGUUUGCUGUUGCCCGGGCAAGGGCCGGCAGGGGAAUGGUGGUCAGGAAGGACCAAACCUUGCCUUGAUGAAAAGGGAAGGACUUUCACGCAGAUGCCAGACAAAUCAAGCAAAAGACCUGAUCCUUGAUGCCAAAAAUAAUGGACUUGACAUUCAGACACGGGAUGAGAGAGGGGAUAUAACCUCUUUAGUUGGCCACACCAGCUGCAUGAAUUGCAUUAGUCUCUAUGAUCUCUGGCAAGGCGAUUGGUUGGGGAAGAAUUCAAAAAGUUCCAGAAGAGGUCAGACCAUUGCUGCACUGAUAUCGCCCAUUCGAGUAGGAUAGACGUCUCCCCGUAUCUAGAUAGCAUCAUCGAGGCAGAGGGUGAG